AUGAAACCAGUCACUUUCAAUGGCAAGAUUGACGGCUUCAAGAUUGGAAUAAAUUCGAAAGGUAGGGAUGAGACUCCAUUGGACCUUGAAUUUUGUCUUGAUAUACCAGCUGACCAAGUCCGCGAUAUCCCUGGCAAAUAUCACCAUGCAUAUGCAAAUGAGCGUCUCUACGACGAGACGAGAGAGAUUCAUUUCGCAGCCGAGAAAGUGAAACAGGACAGAUACUUCGACACCCUCAAGGAGCGCGCUGAUCUUAGUAUCUUGUUGUAUGAUGGCCACAGCAACGGUUCAGGCCUGAGAGGGUUUAUGACCGAUUUUUGGUACAUCGGCUUCCUCGAGCGCGAAAUCGGCUCACGAGGCUACAAUCUGAUCACAGACCACGACAUUAGUGAAUAUGGUGCACCGCUACUGAAGCGAUACAAAGUCUUGCUCUCGGGUAGUCGUCCAGAAUAUCCAACUUACAACAUACUGAACUCCUACGCUUCUUUCCUCGAGGAUGGUGGGCACUUCAUGUAUCUCGGCGGCAACAGAUACUACUGGAUGACUGCAUAUGAUCCGUCCCGUUCCCACCGCAUAGAAGUUCGUCGUACCAACCAAGGCUGCAGAACAUUUAGCGUACCCCCAGGCAACUGGCAUCACUCUUUUACCGGCGGAACCGGAGGUCUAUGGCGUACCAGAGGUCGUCCACCAACCCAGCUAUUUGGCAUUGGGUCAUGCGCCAUGAGCGUAGCUGAUGGAGUCGGAUACGACAUCACAGAAGAAACACGGUCAGAUGCUAGGCUGGCAUCCCUCUUUUACGGCGCUGGACUUGAGACUGCAAAGAAUAUUCGAGACCUCAGACUUGUACAGGGAACUGCAUCUGGAGAUGAGAUUGAUCGUCUUGACUACAGUCUCGGUACACCGCGAAAUGCUGUGAUUAUUGCGGCGAGUAAGCUUGCAGGCGGUCAUUCGGAUGAGUUCCUCAUGUUCAAUGAAGAAAGCAUGUUUCCUAUGACGAACGCCACUGGCACGACUUCUGACAAGAUACGAAGUGAUCUGGUCUUCUACCAGACUGCCGCUGGAGGGCGCGGUCUUCUCGGUUGGUCCCAUGAACUGGGUUGGUGCCUUGACAUGGAUGAACUAUGA